GAUGGGCUGGGCUGGGCUGCUUUUCACUCACCCUCAGGCCUCGCUCUCCCCAUUCUCCACUUUUCUUAUUCACUUGCUCUUUCCUACCCGCCCCCUUCCACAUUUCAUUCCCAUUUCUCCUCCUCAGCCUGCCAUUUUCUCCCAUCCCACGACGCCCUUCCGCCAUCUCUUCUCCUAACAUCUACCUACACCCACUGUCAUCUCGACGACGACCUCGCGACUUUACGUCUGCCAUAGCUGCUUAGAUUCUCUUGGUCUUUCUUUCAGAUUCAACAAGAACCCUCAGGAAUUACCGGAGCCACAUAGUUCUCGAGAAUCUUGACCGAGUUUUUAACUCCUAGCUAUCCCCGAUUCUCACCUAACCGACGCUGUCACCUCCCAAAGAUCAGCCUGCACGCGUUUUGACCGCCUCCAAACGCACACGAUUCUCUUGCAGGUAUGUUAGCCGAUCAUAUUUCCUAGACCGAAAUGUGUUUUUUGUUUGGUUUUGUAUCAACCGGCUUGUUCGUAUAUUCAUUCUCUGUCAUUUGGAUGCACCGACUCAUGCCUACGCGGGCUUUUCUUGAUACUGCAUGAGGCUUGUCGGGCGAGUCGCUCUUACGUCGAGUUGCGUCGGGUUUGCCUUGUGGCGUUGCCCACCGCCCUCAAGCCUGAUUCUUCUCCGACCCAGUUUUGCCCCUCUCAUUGCAUGCAUUGCCGCCUUUUCUCAUUUGCUUUCAUUUAUCUACUUUUCAACCGAACCUAGACGUUGCUGACUCCCCCUAUAGCCAACGAAGGCUUGCAGAUCACACAAACUUGUACAUCCGUUUUUAUUCCUACGGAACGGAAAACCAUCAACUUUCAUCAUGACGACCAUGGAUCUUCGCGUCGGUAACAAGUACCGUAUCGGUCGAAAGAUCGGUUCAGGUUCUUUCGGUGAUAUCUAUCUGGGCACCAAUAUCAUCUCCGGUGAGGAGAUCGCCAUCAAACUUGAGUCCGUCAAGGCCAAGCACCCGCAACUGGAGUAUGAGGCUCGUGUGUACAAGUCUCUUGCUGGUGGCGUUGGAAUCCCGUUUGUUCGUUGGUUUGGUACCGAGUGCGACUAUAAUGCCAUGGUUCUCGACCUUCUCGGCCCCAGUCUGGAGGAUCUCUUCAACUUUUGUAACCGAAAGUUUUCCUUGAAGACGGUUCUUCUCCUGGCCGAUCAGCUCAUUUCUCGAAUCGAAUACAUUCACGCCAAGUCUUUCAUCCACCGAGAUAUCAAGCCCGACAACUUCCUCAUGGGUAUCGGCAAACGAGGUAACCAAGUCAACGUUAUCGAUUUCGGUCUUGCCAAGAAGUAUCGCGACCCCAAGACUCACUUCCACAUCCCCUACAGAGAGAACAAGAAUCUGACAGGUACUGCGCGCUACGCCUCCAUCAACACCCACUUGGGUGUCGAGCAAUCACGACGCGAUGAUAUGGAGUCCCUUGGUUACGUUAUGCUCUAUUUCUGCCGCGGCUCUCUCCCUUGGCAGGGUCUGAAGGCCGCCACCAAGAAGCAGAAGUACGACCGCAUUAUGGAAAAGAAGAUGACUACCCCUACUGAGGUUCUCUGCCGUGGAUUCCCCAAUGAGUUCGCAAUCUACCUCAACUACACUCGAUCUCUUCGAUUCGACGAUAAGCCUGAUUACAGCUACCUCCGCAAGAUCUUCCGCGACCUCUUUGUUCGGGAGGGUUUCCAGUAUGAUUAUGUUUUCGACUGGACAGUCUACAAGUACCAGAAGAACGCGCAGGCUAUCGCACAGGCUGCCGGUCAGGCCAACCCUGAAGACGAGGAAAAGGCCCGUGCCAGCCGUACCAACGCCGCUACUGCCGGCCAGUCUGCUGCUAAGCCUAAUGCCAUUCCCAGCACUCGUCGCAAGAUGCUUGAGCGAGGCUCCGGCGCUGGCGUCGAUACUCCCGACACCAACCGUGCCAUCGGUGGAAGCGACAGGAUGUGAGUGAUAAGUAACGCCUAUUUUUUCUAGUCCCUCGUAAGGAAUCUUUUUCCUUCGCGCGUGUAGUGUGUUUUUGUACCGCUGGCCGAAGGGAGAUUUGCUGACAACUAUGGCUGACUCAGUGGACGAUAAACAGGCUUCGCUCAGCUUCAAAGGGAGCGGGAUAUGCCUCGGGCAGCUAUCGGCCGAAAUGAUUUCUAAACCGAUCACUCCUCUCUUUUUGGGAUUCUCACUCAUGGCUACCGAUACUGGCGAUUCACACCCAACAUCGACACCCGGAUGCAAGUCUCUUGAACAGCUGAAUGAUUCUGCUGGUCAUCAUUCUGCUUAUUGAUCGAGGUCGAUUGUUGGAGCGCGGAUCGGUCACGCCCAUUUUCUACGCCUUUGCUCUAUCUUGUUCUUCGACGUAUCUUUUGGCGAAUUCACGACUUUACGCAUGGCUCGGGUAUCUCUUGAUGGUUGGAAUGUUGCACAAUGGAUAAACCUUCGGGUUUCGUCCUUUGAGCGACUACAAUGCCUUCAGGAGACUUUCCUGAACGGCAUGUCCGGUACUCCUAUUUCUGGGUGUACCGAACCUGUGGGGCUAUCACUGCUACUCGCAAAGUAGCCUUACCUCGGAAUGCCACAUACCAUGGUGUCGAUAAUACAAGAUUCGCCCCUGGAGCUGAAUUCGGGUCCACAUCUCGCUAUGGCUCACCUUUCCGUCGAAGCGGCUCAGCUCGAUCCCCUAGCAGGCAUUUCCUUCAUCGUAUCUUUCUUUGCUUUCAUUUAAUUUGCAUGGACGUUUGCUCUGGUCUUUUUGAGUUUGCUCCUACCUGUCGGAGAUAGCUUCUGGGGAGGCAACAGGGGACGCGGUUCAGGAGUUAUGCUACUGGUAAAGCUAGUCUCGACACCAUGUCGCGAAUGGCAAGCCUGUUACGGAUAGCAGUCCACGUUGGCAGAGGAUCUUGGUACAGUGGCAGAUGCAACAGCGGGAGUUACCGGCCUAAGUUAAGGUCAGCUCCGGUAUCCUACUGUUCGGCUUGGUGGAUGGAAUCAGGCACUUCAUUGGGCGAACAAGUUGACGCAAGUUGCUGCAGCCUUCAAAAACACCAUGGUGACGCGGCAACUGACAUGGCACUCCCAUCAUGAAGUCCAAGGUUGGGAAAUCGGGUAUUAACGAAACUCCCCAGCAGCCGACAAGGGACAUGGUUGAUGAGCCUACAUUUUCAACCGUCGGGUUGAGCAGCCCUGGAUUUCACGUACAUCCACCCACCCCUUCAUUCAUUUCUUGAUCACACAUUAGGUAGUCUACAAAUUCAGUCUGUUUUAUUUGGAAAUUAUC